AUGAGACAGACUGCUGCGAGUGGGAAGGCAUCAUUUGCAAUGGAGAUGGGGCCGUCACUGAGAUCUCCCUGGCAUCUAAAGGACUUGAAGGGCGCAUCUCGCCCAUCUCUCGCUGACCUCACAGGCUUGCUGCAUGUCAACCUUUCGCACAACUCCUUCUCCAGUGGCCUUCCGCUGGAGCUCAUGUCCUCCAGCAGCAUCAUCGCCCUUGACGUCAGCUUCAACCGGCUAAAUGGAAUGCUGCAAGAGCUGCCGUCUUCGAUCACCACAGACCGGCCUCUGCAGGUACUCAACGUCUCAAGCAACCAGUUCAGCUUAGAACUUCCAUCAGCCACAUGGAAAAUGAUGAAGAAUCUUAUCGCGUUCAACGCCAGCAAUAACGGCUUCACUAGGCACAUACCGUCUUCUCUUUGCCUUGGCUCGCCAUCUUUGGCUUUGCUUAACCUCUGUCACAACCAAUUGAGUGGUGGCAUUCCGAACACACUAGGUAAUUGCUCCAAGCUCAAAGUGCUCAAAGCUGGCAACAACCACCUAAGUGGGAUUCUCCCUGUUGAAAUCUUCCACGCUACCUCGCUGGAGUACCUCUCCAUCCCCAACAAUGGUUUGCAAGGAGAACUUGAUGGAGCACAAAUGGUCAAACUCAGUAAUCUAGCUACUCUUGACCUUGGAGAGAACCACAUCAGUGGCAACAUCCCAGAAUCGAUAGGUCAGCUCAGGAGGCUGGAGAAGCUCCAUUUGGGUAACAACAUGUCUGAGGAGCUGCCAUCAACUAUGGGCAACUGCACAGAUCUCAAAACCAUCGAUCUGAAGGUCAACAACUUCAGUGGAGAUCUAGGCGAGGUGAACUUCUCAACCCCGCAGAAUAUAAGAAGUUUAGAUCUCAUGAGGAAUCGUCUCGGUGGCAUAGUGCCAGAAAGCAUUUACUCAUGCAGCAUGUUGACUGCACUGCGGCUGUCAGGCAACCAUUUCCAUGGUGAGAUAUCACCAAGAAUAGGCAAUCUGAAGCAUCUGUCCUUCCUAUCACUUGGUAGUAACUCCUUUACAAAUAUCAUGAAAGCUUUGCAUGCCCUUAAAAGCUGCAGGAACAUCAGCAAAAAUAAGUAA